AUGGCUCAUCGACUUCACGACCUUUAUGCCGGUGACAGUCCUUGCUGUGGUCUGGCAGCGACCUCACGCUCACUGCCUGGGUUCAACAUGCUCCGACUCAACCGCCUAUACUUUAUCGUCGGAGCUAUCAUUCUCGUCCUGCUAUACGAGUCGCUGUCGUAUUUUCGGCCCAACGAUGUGACAGCUCCUCUCAGCGACCAAACCUUUCCCGAACCACAUCAAUCUGUAAACACAACCAAACCAUCGUGGUAUCCAUCUCGACCUGGCAGCUCUUCAACUAAUGCAGACACGAUAUCUCGGUUGAUCGCAGAUGCGAACAAGUUUUUCGAGGACCUAGUAGCGAAGCAAUCGAAAAAGCUUGACAAUGCCGCAAAGGCAUAUCGCCAGCGCCGUGGGAGGCAUCCACCUCCAGGCUUUGACAAAUGGUUCGAAUAUGCAAAUGCAAAUGAUGCCGUCAUUGUUGAAGAAUUUUUCGAUCAAAUUUAUCAUGACUUGGAACCGUUUUGGAGCUUGUCGCCUCACGAUAUACGUGCGAGAGCCCGCAACCUCGGUAUGCAUGUGCGUGUGCAUGAGCACAAAGCGGAAGCUGACACCGACUGGUUCUGGCAUGUCAUAUGGGCCAACAUGAUCAACGAAGUUGCUCAUCUGCUUCCCGAUAUGGUGAUCCCGCUCAACGCCAUGGACGAACCUAGGAUCAUGGUUCCUUUCGAAGAAAUUAGCACUCGGUUAGAGAAAGCAAGAGAAUCCCGGGCGUUGCCUCAGCAUGAAAAAAUCUCUGAUGUCGUCCAGGGUUGGACAGAGACCGCAGAGCCCGGCCAGGCGCAACCAGAAAUUGAAUGGUUCCAAUCCGCACCCUUGUCAUUCGCACGCGCCGCUUGUGAUUCAAAUAGCCCAUUGCGAACAGAGCCCAACAUGCUUCAUCGAGCCAUGGUAUCUAAGAAUGAUCACCCCAAUCCUCAAAGUUUCAUGGUUGGAGGCUUUGUUGGCAAUUGGACCCUUGCUUCGGAUUUGUGCCAGGAUCCCAGCAUCGGUGCAUACCACGGAGCUCUGACCAGCCCUCUUACCAAAUCAACGAGUCAAGAAUUGCUGCCAAUGUUCGGUGGUUCCAAAUUUACCGUCAACAACGAUAUCCUAAUUCCUGCACCCAUGCCCUGGAAUGGAAAUGAGAAUUUUGAUUCCGAAGACCCUCAUCCUUGGUAUUCCAAGAGUGCCAAAGCAAUUUGGCGAGGAACUGCCACUGGUGGACGGCACAAUGCACUGAAUUGGCCUAAUUUCCAUCGCCACAGGUUCGUUGCCUUGACAAAUGGCACCAAAUAUUCCCUUGCCGAUGAAACCACCGACCGCAUCUUUACCCCUCUGCAGCAACAAUCUUCACUCUCUGGUCUGUCCAGUGAUAUCCAGAAGAAUCUGAGCAAAUGGCUUAGUAAAUACAACGACGUCUGCUUCACCGAUUUGUUCUGUGAUAUACCUACCAAGGAGAGCCAAUGCUGGUACUUGUCGGACGAAUUUGAGGUCGGUGCCACCAUGAGCCUGCCAGAUCAAUAUGCUUCCAAAUUCCUACCCGAUAUCGAUGGUAACUCCUUCUCCGGACGGUAUCGCUCGUUUCUCAUGAGUAACUCUGUUCCCAUCAAGUCUACCCUGUAUCGCGAGUGGCACGAUGCUCGGCUUGUCGCUUGGAAGCAUUUUGUGCCCAUGAACAACCGCUUUACUGAUUAUUAUGCUAUAUUGGCCUACUUUGUCGGUUGCGAUGAGGACACGUGCGGUGCGGCUGGGAAGUAUGAGGGGCAUGAUUCCCAAGCAGAACGCAUUGCGAAGGCCGGAAAUGAGUGGGCAGCAAAGGUUCUCAGAAAAGUUGAUAUGCAGAUUUACGUCGCCAGACUUUUGUUGGAGUAUGGUCGCCUGACCGACAACAAAAGAGACACUCUUGGCUGGGUUGCUGACCUCAAGUCUGCCAGCCCUUGAUUGAUACAGGACCUCCCAUUUUGGAUAAAUGCACCUCCUCAGUAUCUAAACUUCUCGCCAACCAGAGUCUCGCUCAGAUUCCAAACCCGAUCGGCAUUUGACUGAUCCAAGGAAUAUGAAGCCACCACCUUUGGAUCGGACGUUACCUGGGUGUCGGAGAGGAAACUACUCCGGUCAACUGCAUUUCUGUCAACAAAAAUUCCAUCACAUUAUGGUUGUGGAUCUUUACCUGUCAGGUUCGGAUCUAUGGCCGCGCGAAGAGUGGUCGCACAACCCUGCUGCGGAGUUUUGCGUGGUGGCAUCACGGCAGGACUCUUUGAUAUGACCUCGAUCCCUUCUUUCAUCGUGAUUGGAUCCAGAAAACGACGGAGAUUACUUGGUACACCUGUAAUGUCGCAAAUGCCUUCAAGCCUUUGCCUCGUAACAUUUUGUUCAAUGCCACCGCCAUCAAGACAUUUGCAGCCUUGCUCUGACCAUAUGAGAGGAAAGGGACGUAAUCCUUUCCAUCGUUGAAGCUUGGGUCGUCCAAGACAUUGGAGAGAACAUUGCCGUAGCUGGCAACGUUGACCACUCUGGCGUCAGGACUUGCAGCCAGGAUUUUCGGCAUGAGCAGAUUCGUCAGCAGAAAGUGCCCAACGUGAUUUGUGGCGAACUGUCUCUCAAUCCCAUCCUCAGUUUUGGAAUAUGGACAAGCCAUAAUCCCAGCGUUGUUGAUCAAGACGUGGAUCUUGGGAAUGCUGGUGUCGUUGAGAAUCUGCUGAGCUGCAUGGCGCACACUGUUCAAGGAAUCCAGGUGAAUCUGGACAAACUUUGUGACUAUCUCAGGGUUGAUGUUGUGGAUUUUAUCCAUGACAGGUUUGAUUUUUUCGAUAUCUCGACCCAAUAAGGCCAUCAUGCUUGGACCUCCUUUGGCCAAGGCAAUAGCAGUUUCAGAGCCAAUACUCUCCCAGCUUGGACCCGUGAUGACGACUAUAUCUGUCAGCAAAGCUUCCGAACUACUCGAGUUAUCGACUUGCAUGUUUUGUUCUUGAUUCUGUCAGAAAACGCGGCCACGACCUCAUCACCGGUUGUUUCGAAUCCGAAUGCCAUCAUAGAGUACGCGUAUCAACCUGGUCGAGAAUUGAAAAAGUUCAAACGUUGGACUGGCCGUUGUUGCAAGACUUCUUUGGUACCCUCAUUCUUGCAACUAUAUAUCAUUCUUCUCCUGUCCAUCAGGCUGUGAUUGAUCCACAAUAUGCAUGAUCAGGAGCUGGAUGCGGACUUUACGGAUUUACAUCACGGGUGUUAUUGGCUGAACAGGAGUAAGCCAGAGGCAUCCGCCAUUCUUUUAGUUGUCUUACGGCCAUUUACCGAGGAGAAAAUAUCUGCAAGGCUGCGGCCGCCGGCCUUUGUACAUGAUGCUUAAGUCCAGCACGGGGAUGACUCUGCUUUCUCAAGAGCUCGGAAGUUCGCCGAAGCAACAUCGAAGCAGCACCUAUGAUUACCGUGAGAAAUAACUCUUUGAUGUUACAGUGUACAACAAAUACAUUCAUCUGUUCCACGAUUGCCCAAGCCGUAUGGUUCUACCUCUGUCGUCUGUGUCCUUGCAGGAAAGCGGGUGGCGAGAGUUCAAGCAAACGGUCAAGACAAAGAAGGGUGAUUUGACCCUGUACCCAUCCCGUUAGAUUUACCGUCAUGCAGUCCUCUCUGUAGGCAGAUAUCGAUACAAAUCGGCAUUGCUUUUCCC